UGCCUCCAACUCUUGGCUCCUGAUGGCUCAGCAGUUUCAAGUCCUGAGAUGCUCCUUCUGUCAGGUGUUUCAAGUCCAGCAGGUAAGGCCACCUGGGGGCCAGGUCAAAAAGAGCAAAAAAUGGAAUUGCAAAAUAUGUGAUGAAAAGCAGUCAAUUCUAAAGGUUUUUGGCCAAGGUUCUGGAUCUGAUUGUAGGCACCAUGUACAAAAAUUAAACCUGCUGCUAGGAGAGAGAGAACAGGCAUCUGUCAGUAUGCCUUGGGAUACUGAAGAACCAGAAGAGAGAGAUAACAAGCACACAGUUGCUCAGCUGGAAGAAAAAUGGGACUGGCAGGAAGAAAAGGUCAGCCGUUGGAAUAAAUAUCUGCACAAAAGCUGUGAGGAGGAAGAGAAAAUGUUGCAUACAGGAAAACAGACCAGCUCUUCUCUGGAUAACAUAACAGAAGAUCCAAGGAAAUAUAAGAAGACCAGCUUAGACAGUGUUGAUGCCCAGAGAGCUGAAGAAAAUGGAGUUCCUGGAUUUGGAAAGAAUCACAGAAGAAAUUCAUUCAGCAAUUCAGAAAGCUGUGGAAAUGCUGCAAAGAAAAGCACGGGGAUUUCUACUGUUGAAGGACUUCUGGUACAUGCAAAGAAUGAAGAGACAGAAUUAAGAAAUGCUGUUCUUUCUAAUCAAAAGAAAUCUCUUUCAUCAGAGACCUUUAAUAGGAGUGUGGCUGCUACUGUAUUAGAGUGCCGGGUGCCUAUAGUCCGAAGUUCUGCUGCUGCAGGUAAUGAAAAAAUAGUCAGCUGCAUUGACAGCCCCCCAAACUGGCAGCGUAUACCAAGGCAGACUGUCUCUGCUUUCCUAGAUAAAGUACAGAAGGAUAGUGAGCAUACUGAAGAAGCCAACAUACUAACCGAAAAAAACAAAGAUUCUUCAUUAUUACCUAGUGCUAAUCUUCAAAGGAUGUUGUCAAAGGAACCGACCUCAAUUCCUUUAGUUCAUCCUGUUGCUUUCUCUAGUGUUACAGGUCGAUACAGUAGCCUCUUUUCUACAGGAGAGGAUUUUGAUGACUACCUUUGA